CGCCUGAGCUUGCAGACAUUGCAGAUCUGUCCGAGUCUCUCUACGUGUCUACUGUCUCUUCUGCUGGCACAGAUCUACCCAGCCCCUCCUCUCGCUGCUUCCUUGCCCUCCGUUUGGUCUGCAGAUAGCGCCUUUCUUGGCGCUUGAUGACACGCCGAAUGCUACCCAUCCCCGCAGAGUGAAGGGCAGCCACCACAUGCCGCAGCAGAAUCCUCUGCACGAAGACACGUUGGCACGCGAAGACGUCGCACAGCUUGGCCGCCACAUGCAGUGACACCAGCCUCCUGGAAUCGCAAACACACACAUCCAUGUAAUAAAUACAAGUCACUGUCAGUGGAGUGCGCGUGUCCUUGAUUGUCGCUCACUUACAGGAGGGCGCUUUGCAGACCACGGUCCUUCUUGUAGACGGCCGGGGCCGUCCACGCAUGGCCCCUGCCUUCGACCAGUCUCACCUCGGCCAGGAGGGAGUCGCCACUCGCCAGGAACUCUUUCUUGUCUGCUUCGUAAAGGUCUACCAGAUGGCCCCUCGUCCACAGAGGGCGCUUGUCAAUGCGUGCCAGGUACGUGCCCCCCCAACACACCCAUCCCGUCGACAAUGUGUCGUUUUCAGCAGCGGGGUAGUUGUAGGGGAAGGGCAGGCCGUGGGUCGAGAAGUAGCUGUCGAGAUGCUCAUGGCAAAGCGACUCCGCCAACCGCACGACGGUCCGGGCAUCCAUAGAGGGGUCCGCCAGGAUGGCACCAAGAAUCGUCUUCCAGAUGUUGCGGUAGAAGCCUAGAGCUAUGCUGCCCUCCGCCGCAAUCUGCCAGCCGUCAGGCGUCAUCUUCCUUUUCAGCAGCAUGCUGGAGCCGUCAAGGGUGCUCUCCCAGGUCUUGUCUUUCGCGAUCUCUCCCUCGUCCUGUCGCCUCGUUAGCAGACAAUAGUCCAGAGUCGAUCCACCCAUGUCUACAGUGACCAUGUGAUCGACGUCGGAGUGCUGCGAGUCGUUGAGGGCGGCGGUGAGGAAGCCACACGCCGAAAGUCUUGCCUCGAGCGUCGGUGCCAGGCGGAAGACCGUCAGGCCGAGCCUGCCUCGUGCAACGUCGGCAAAGUCUUUGAACAGAUCCACGGUGCACCGCAGGUCACCUGUGGCAAAGGCCAGCACUCGCUUAGAUUAGAGGGAAAAACAGAAAGCCAAAAUGGCGAUGUGUGUCUGGCGAUGGUAUGUCACGUUUGUUUGUGUCAGUCUGUCUUCUUGGUUUCUCACCUCUGGCCGCAGACCCCACAGCUCGCGAUGUGUCCGGAGCAUCUUUUGGAUCUUGUUGACAAGGGUGUUCCGCUGCAAGCGCCAUCUCUUGCUGUUGACAUAAGCAGCGUCAGGCCCCUCACGGAAUAUGGAGAGGGUAUUCAGGAGGACCGUCUCCUUCAUCGAUUCACGACCACCAUACGUCAUAUUCUCGCCUGACCUGGACGACCUGGACGCACAACAACAAACAACACACAUGCGCUGGGCGCUUGCAUCGUUCACUUCGGCUCACCUCCAUAUGCCCCUCACUUCGUCCAGGACAGCGUGAGGGUCACGUAUUGUCAUGAGUCGGAUGCCUCGAGAGCCGAUCUCCAGCACACCUCCCCACGCCCCAUCACCCUCCUUAGCCGUGUCAGCCCCUCUCUGCUGACUGCGCUGACCCAUCUUACUCCCGGGUGGCUGCCGCCGCGCCGCUCUAUGUUGUGUUCUGAUGUCAUAGCUGGCCAAAGGCGGUUGCGAAGCCGUGUUUCCCGAUUGACAUACGAGUCGUAGAUGCCUUCUGCACAAGGCUGAGGGGAACGAUGAGCGUCGGCGGCACGGGCUGAAGCUGAAGUAGCCGUGGGAAAGGCCGAUGUGCAGGUACAGGAACAAAAGGCUGAAGGAGCGCCUGAGUCCCCGAUGAUAGAUCUGGUGCUGUGCAGGCUGUCCCAUUCGGUCUGCAUCCUCCGACAAAGCGCUCUUCGCGUUGAGUUAACUCCCCCUUGCAGAUGAAGGGAUGGAUGAACGACGACUUGGCAAGCCAGUGGUUGGCCUUCACAGCCCUUCCCAGCCGU